AUGAAAAUUCAAAAAGAAGUAGCAUUAAAACGAGUCGCAGGUCCUUUCGUUCACCCACCAUUUCCAAACCUUCAGGUUCCCCCUUUAGGCUUUGUGCCUAAAAAAGAUGGUGACAUGCGACUCAUACAUCAUCUCUCUUACCCGGAAAACAUGUCCAUUAAUGAUUUUAUUGACCCUGAAGCUUGUUCAGUACAUUAUAGCAACAUAGAUCAAGCGGCAGAAAUGAUAUCUAAAGUGGGGAAAGGGGCAUAUUUAGCAAAGACCGACAUUAAGUCAGCAUUUAGGCUCCUCUCAGUAUCUCCGAGCGAUUUUGGCCUGCUUGGGUUCAGAUUUCAGGACAAAUACUAUUUUGAUAAGAUGUUACCUUUUGGAUCUUCAAUUAACUGUGCAUUAUUUGACAAGUUUGCAUCAUUCUUACAUUGGCUUACUCAAAAAUACUCCCAAAAUGAUUUAAUAAUUCACUACCUUGACGAUUUUCUUUUCUGUGGCUCACCAAACACAUUCACUUGCCACAAUUCCCUCAAUGUUUUUAAAUCAAUCUGUUCAGAUAUUGGUGUGGCAAUUGCUCAUGACAAAACAGUGGAACCUACACAAGUCCUAACGUUCUUAGGAAUAGAGUUGGACACUGUCAAUAUGACAAUGAAACUCCCCUUGGAAAAAUUAAAUCAGCUUCAUGGUGAAAUACAAUAUUUCUUGAAAGCAAAGAAGGUCUCCUUGAGAGAAAUGCAGUCACUUAUUGGCUUAUUAAACUUCGCUUGCAAGGUUGUUGCCCCUGGCCAGGCUUUCUGUCGCCGCCUUAUAAAUUCAACAAUAGGCAUUACUAAACAGCAACACAGAAUUAGGGUAACAAAGAACAUAAAAGCUGACCUCAAAGUAUGGGAGUCUUUUUUGCAAUCUUACAAUGGCAUAUCUGUUAUUUCUUCCCAGCCCUGGAUACACAACAACACAAUUCAACUAUUGACAGACAGCUCCGGGGGACCUUAUGGAGGAAUUGGCAUUUAUUUUAUGGGCAAAUGGGCUUAUGGGCCCUGGCCAAACUCUUGGGCCGAACAAGGUAUUACCAGGGACAUGAAUUUAUUGGAACUUUUCCCUGUUGUGGUUGCUAUUACAUUAUGGCAGAGCCACUUUGCAAAUUCUAUGCUUGUUUUCCACAUCGACAAUAUGUCAGUUGUCCACAUCAUCAACAGCUUAACUUCCAAAUGGGAUAGGGUUAUGAAUCUUGUCCGCAAGCUCGUGUUAAUAUGCCUAAAAUCAAAUGUCUGUAUUAAGGCCAUAUGUAUCCCCACAAAACAAAAUUUCAUUGCCUACUCCUUAUCUCGAUUUCAGUGGGUCAUGCGCAGAUUCAGGCGACUGGCACCGCAGGCAGUCCUAUGGCACACCCCACUACCAAGCCACAUCUGGGAAAUGUAA